CGAGCUGUAAAAUCCGGAAGUGUCUAAUAAAGGCCAAAGGCUCCCGCCAUGAAAAUUUAAGCAAAGCCCCUCAUGUGGGAUUAAGUGAAUGAACGGACGACCAGUGGGCCAGGCUACGUUAUAAUUGAAGAUUGUUAAACCCAGUGAACACCGACGGCUACUAAUGUAAAAAAACAAGUGACCCUUGCGACCCUAGAGGGGGUCACGUGGAGUAUGUUGAACGGCUUGGUGCAAGGGAGACGAAUCUCAGCGGGCAGGCAGCACAAGAACCCAGGCUUUUCUCAGUUCUCUCCCGCCGAUACUCUGGCCACCGACGCCCCACAACAUGGCUACAUCACUUGCCUGAAGAACAACCCCCCAUCCAGCCACCCCUCAGUCAACUCCCUCUCAGCCAACUACCCCCACGUCAACCACCCCCCAGCCAGCCAACCCCCGGGCUAUCUCACCGUGGGUGAUGGCGACAAAUCCAGCGGAAAUUGCAGCACCAACUCAGUCCAAACGCAAACGAUUGUCUCCCUGCAGUCCAAAAACCUCAACAACAACAUCUCUGAAAAAUGCGGCUGCCCCAGUAAGGUCUGUUUCUUGCCCGACUGCCGCGCCAUCGACCGCAAGCGGCUAAAUUUCAUCACGUACUUCGCCGACAGCAACGAGCUGGUCUGCAACUUUCCCGGCAGCUGCCACCCCCCGCCUUGCGCAGCUCCCAGAGAAAAGUGCGGACCGAAGCCGGUCUGCAACUUUCCCGGCAGCUGCCACCCCCCGCCUUGCGCAGCUCCCAGAGAAAAGUGCGGACCGAAGCCGGUCUGCAACUUUCCCGGCAGCUGCCACCCCCCGCCUUGCGCAGCUCCCAGAGAAAAGUGCGGGCCGAAGCUGGUCUGUACGUGCAAGUCGAAGGUCAUCCCGGAAACAGGCGCGGGGAGAAUGGCAUCAACACACGCCCCUAGAGUCCCAUCGCCACUGACCAGGCCCUCAUUGGCUAUAAACAGAACCCCAUCGGCUUUGAGUAGAACCCCAUCGGCUACGAGCAGAAAAUCGUCACCUGUUCCCUCAAAGAUGCCCUCACCCAUAAUGCUUUCUCCAGAAAUAGAACAACCCCACUACCCCAGGCCGAGUACCAGCCCCCUAUCCCGAACCAACUCCUCCCCCGUCAUCUACCAACACACCUCCCCGCGUCCCUCCCCAUACAGCUACCCCACGAGCAGCGAGUCGGGGUACGCCUACUCGGACGGGGACAACACCGGGUUCAGCUCGCAGCCGACCACCUCGGAGGCAGAUGAACUUGGCCUCACGCGCAAGGAGGAUCCGAACUUCACGCAACAGAUGGAGCAGAGCACAAUGUGCAUCCAGCAUCAGAUAGAACAGCAGGGAUGUUGCGUGCCGGCGUACGACCUAUCAAACGCGGAGGAAAACACGUACAUGGGCGGCAACCCUCAAAUGAAUUACUCGCUCCUGAACUGCGAGGAAGCGGAUGAGCAUGGUCUCAUGACGAUAUCUUCACAGGUCAGCAUGUUCCAGAAAGAAAAAUACCGCCAGUUCCGCCGUGAGUACAUCAAAAAAUGGGGGAUCAAAAUCUCGCCCCCGGACGGCUGUGAGUGGAUCUACAAAGAGCAGGACGACUGCCGGACCGAGAAGGUCAACCGGAACCUCAAGGUCACGCGCAUCAGCGUGGCCACCAAGGACUGCUGCAACUGCCCGUGUGCGGGAAAACCCGAGAUCCAGAACAGGGCGUGCAAGCGGUACCGCCGGAGCGCCAUCGCGGAGAUCUGCCAGAGCCCGUGCAGCUGCAUCCGGUUCAACCAGUGCUGUCCGAGCCCGUGCGCGGACAGAGCCCGGCCGUGGCACACGCCGAGGGUCGACACGUACCGGAAGUGCUGCUCGCCUAAGGUCAGGUCGCCAUGUUGGAAACCGUGCAGCCCUGUAUUCACCUGCACGUCCAGGUCACCGUGCAGGGCCUACAAGACGUGUAUCGAUUGACCCCAGAGAGUUCACAGGUACCGACAGUAGAGUUGCGCAUGCGUACUUGUGUAAACAAAAGGUGGAAAUUAUACACCUGUAAACGUCAAUAAAGAAUGUUCCACAAAAAAAAACCAAAGCGUCUUGCAAAUGAUGCGUGAAGUUUUAUCAUUUACAAUGUAAUAAAUCAU